ACGGGUGAGCGACUCGAGAAUUUCAGGGGACACUUGAGAGCUAUUGCUGACUGUUGCUGGUCCACUGAUGAUAAAUUUGUAGUCACGUGUUCAGAUGACGGUCUAGUCCUCUUAUGGCAAGCCUCGGGGGCGACAUGCUUACAAGCUUACAGAGGACAUGUUUCUGCAGUGCUAUGUUGUUGUAUAAACGCGCUGAGUACGAUAAUUGCUAGUGGUUCGAUUGAUGAAACUAUUCGACUUUGGAACGUUGCUUCUGGAGGAUGUGUAGCUGUUAUACCUGCUCACGCAGACCCCGUCACGGGCGUGCAAUUCGCCAGAGAUGGCUCAUUUCUAGUAAGUUCCAGUUAUGAUGGCAGCUGCCGCUUGUGGGACGUCCAUACGUGUGGUUGUAUUCGUACACUGCGACGAAGUGGUCUAUCACCCAUCACACGUCUUGCAUUUGCACCUACAAGUUCCUCUAUCCUUCUGGGCACACUUGAUAGAAGG